AUGGUGGACUACUAUAGAACAUUGGGAGUAUCGAAGACUGCUUCUGAAGCAGAAAUUAAGAAAGCCUACAGAAAAUUAGCACUGAAAUGGCAUCCUGAUAAGAAUCCGGACAAUGCAGAUGAAGCUAAUAGAAGAUUUAAGGAAAUAUCUGAAGCAUAUGAAGUCCUUUCCGAUGAAAACAAGCGGAAAGUGUAUGAUGCACGGGGUUCCAGUCAUCACAGUCACAGAUAUCAAAGCAAGAAUGGAGUUAAUGGCCACCGACACUUUAGCUUCAAGGGGUUUUUUGGAGAGACGCCUUUUCACCGAUUUUUUGAAAGAAAAAGGAGAGUGUAUGAUCAAUACGGAAAGGAGGGCCUGAAUAGCGGACGAGGCCGGCGGUCCGCUGCCGACGAUGACUACGAGUUCGGCUAUCACAGCUUCCCGUUUACAUUCCGCGACCCGGAAGAGGUGUUCCGAGAAUUUUUCGGCGGUUCACCGUUCGGUGAUUUGUUUGCUGACUUGAACGGGCACGGGUACCAUCACCGGCACGGGCGCCGGAGCCACCCGGGCACGUCGCUCACGUCGUCGCUGUUCAGCCCCUUCGGGCUGGGGCUGCAGGGGCUGGACGACGCGUUCGCGCACGCCGCCUUCAACGGGAACACGUUCACCUCCUUCUCGACCUUUAACAGCUCCCUCGCAGGCCCGGGCAGUGCGAACAUGAAGAGCACCACGACAACCACGCGCAUCGUCAACGGAAAAAAGAUCACCACCAAGAAGAUCACGGAAAACGGAAGGGAGACCGUAAUGUCUUACGAAAACGGGGUCCUUAAAUCAAAGACUGUUAAUGGUGUACCUCAAUCUCUUACUUACAGU